GGUUUCUCUAUUUCUCUUUCUAACAACCACAACUCAUUUUUUUCAAGCCUGAAAAAAAUGGCAAUUGAUUGUGGAAGUAGAAGAUAUGCUAUGCUGCAAGCAGUGCAAGAUUCUGACUAUGUAGAGAAAGUGUACGGUGGCUACUACAACGUCUAUGUACAAGCCUUUGGGGAAGAGGGAGAUGUGUGGGAUUUGUUCAGAGUGUAUGAGGGGGAUUUUCCCGAAUUCAAUGAUCUGCAUAAAUAUGAUGGGUUUGUGAUCACUGGUAGCCCUAGUGAUGCUUAUGGAAACGAUUACUGGAUCCUUAAACUUUGUUUCAUUUUGCAAAUCAUUGUUGGCAUGGAGAAGAAGGUCCUUGGCAUUUGCUUUGGCCACCAGGUACUGUGCAGGGCUUUGGGUGGAAGGGUAGGGAAAUCGAAGACAGGGUGGGAUAUUGGGUAUAGAGAAGUGAAUUUGAUGAAAGAUGUAGGUGGAUGUUAUAGGUACCUUGAUCAUCAUGAAAUGUCAUCAUUCCUUUCGAUCAUAGAGGUGCACCAAGAUGAGGUUUAUGAGGUUCCUGUGGGUGCAGAAGUGAUUGCAUCUUCAGAGAAAACUAGAGUGGAAAUGUUUGCAAUUGCAGACCACAUUCUUGGAAUUCAGGGUCAUCCUGAGUACACCACAGAUAUACUGUUUAAUCUCAUUGAUCGCCUUCGCGACAUGGAUGUCAUUGAGGUAACAUUUAAGUACCAUAUUCAUUUCACAGUUUUGUUAUUGUUUUUGGUGUUCGAAUGUAUGAGUGGAGGCUUGUUAUGGUUAUGAUAGAAAGGAUUAGCAGAAGAUUUGAAGUGUCAGCUUGAGUCUGCUGAGCCAGACCAAGAAUGCUGGAAGAUGAUAUGUAGGAGCUUUCUUAAGGGGAAAUAGAUCUCCACUCCA